AUGGAGUCAAACAUCGCUAGUCCGGAGGCUAAUCAGUUGGUGACUUGCUUAUGCGUCAUCGAAGGCGCUGCAGAGGUCCCGCCAAAGGUGGGAAUCGCCGUAAAGCCUGCGAUGCGUGUGUUCAGGCCAAGGCCAAGUGCUGCUACACCCAACCUACGUGCUCUCGUUGUGCGAAGAGAGGAAUGA